AUGGAUGAUGACACUGGGCACAGGGCCAAUAAGAGGCUGCAAGAAGCAAUGAGCAAAGAUGGUGUCUGUUUGGCCUUCCUCAUUAUACUCAGAGAUGUGUCUGAAAUUGAUCUGGAAUAUCUCACAGAAAUUAGAGGAAUAAUCUACAGAAGCUCGGCUAAGGUGGUCAUUCUUUUUCUCAGUUCAGAAAGUGCUGACUAUAUUUCUGUUUCAUUUGAGGAUUUCAAAAUUCCUCAUAAAAUAUGGAUUGCAACCUCAUCUGUCUCCCGUAUAGUUGAGCUGAAAUAUUUACCGACAUUAGCAGCUCUCAACGGCACUUUGCUAAAUGCAUUGAUGCCACAUGUGACAUUCAGAACUUCUUCUGGGGACAAAAUAUACUUUAAAGACAAUGGAGACCCACAAGCCCGUUAUGAUAUAGUGAAAUGGUACUUCUUCAACACAACAAACAUUAAAAGCAUAAAGGUUGGAAGCUUUGACACAUCCAAAUCUGAUGGGAAACUAUUUGUCAAUGACAGCGCCAAUCUCUGGAGCCCACACUUUUCUGAGCCACAGUUUGUCCAUUCUCGCUGUAGCGAGCCCUGUAAGCCUGGAUUCAGGAAAGCUAAAGUAGAAGGGGCGCCAAGUUGCUGUUAUACCUGUGUACUGUGUGCCGAAGGGGAAAUGUCUAACAUAACAGAUACCCAGAGUUGUACGAAAUGCUCUAAAUAUGAAAAGUCAAACACUGGAAGAGAUAAUUGCAUCCCAAGGGAUAUAAAUUGCCUUUCCUAUGGGGACCAACUGGGCGCUACUUUAUCCUCUAUCUCUGUAAUAUUCUCCGUCACUUGUGCUGUAAUCCUGGGAAUCUUUAUAAAGUACCGCGAGACUCCUAUAGUGAGAGCCAACAACCGAUAUCUCAGCUGUCUCCUCCUCAUCUCUCUCAUGAUGUGUUUCCUCUGCACUUUAUUAUUCAUUGGGCGCCCAACUCAGAUAUGUUGUCUCCUCCAACAAGUAACAUUUGGGAUUGUAUUUACUAUUUCUGUUUCUUCUGUGUUGGCUAAAACUCUCACAGUUAUUAUUGCCUUCAAUGCCACAAAGCCUGGGAGCAAGCUGAAGAAGUAUGUAGGAACCCAACUGGCCAUCAUAUUAGUCAUUGUAUGUUCUUUUGGUGAGAUUAUAAUCUCUGCUGUGUGGUUGGCCUCUAAUCCACCAUUUCCAGAGGCUGAUACUCUCUCUGACCCAGACUAUAUUAUUCUGCUCUGCAAUGAAGGGUCAGGCUUUUUCUUCUUCUGUAUAAUUGGAUAUAUAGGAACGUUGGCCCUACUAAGUUUCAUUGCUGCAUUUCUAGCCAAGGAUUUCCCUGACCGAUUUAAUGAGGCUAAAAACAUCACUUUCAGUAUGUUGGGGUUCUGUAGCGUGUGGGGGGCAUUUGUCCCUGCAUACCUGAGCAGUAAGGGCAGUAGAAUGGUGGCAGUUGAGAUAUUUGCCAUCUUAUCCUCCAGUGCUGGGUUAUUGGGCUGUAUAUUCAUUCCCAAGUGCUAUAUCAUAUUUCUAAGG